AAGAAAGGAGGUAUCGGAGCACUGACUUCGGUGUUUCGCCAGAAUUACUUCCAGAUGUACCUCUAGAUGUUUUAGCGCCCAGGCAGGCCGUGCUUUAGUGCAGUGCUAGAGCAGAAGGGAAACUAGGAAAACUACAGUUUCAUCUCACUAGCAUGGAUGCAAAGGAGCUCAAGCAAACAUUGAAAAAUGCCAGAGAGGCUAUCCGCAACAAGGACUACAAAGAAGCCCUCAAACAUUGCAAGGCCAUCCUGAAAGUAGACAAGACCAAUUACAAUGCCCUAGUGUUUGUGGGGGUGGCAGCAGAGGGACUAGAGCAGCCAGAACAAGCUCUGUCUGCAUAUAAGAAGGCCACAGAUAGUGCUCCGGAUCAGCUCCUAGCAUGGCAGGGACUUUGUAAUUUCUAUGAAAAAAAUGACAAGGCAGAAUACAAAGAUGAUAUGCUUCAAGUUUAUGAGAAAUUAAUGGCUUUAUAUGAGAGUGAUUUUGAAAAGAAGUUCGAAACUGGAUACAAAUUGUGUGAUGUGUAUGAUGGGAGAGGUGACUUUCUCAAGGCAGUUGAAAUAGGACAGAGCCUAUUGAAAUGUUGCCAGGAAGACGGUAGAAAAACUCUUAAUGUCUACAAAAAACUGGUCAAGAUUUUAGAAUCGAAGAAGAAUUUGCCAGAUGAUUUGUUUGAGUUGCUGCAUGUUGCUUGUGAAAAAAUUGUCCAUUCACCACCAGAUGGAAGUGAGAAAGAUUUGGAGUCCAUAUGGAAAAUCUACAUUAAUGGGCUUAUACAAAAAACUUCAGAGAGUGCAAUUGUGAUAGAGAAGUGCAAAGCCAUGGCAAAACUAUUUCCAAAGUCUGCAUUUCCUUUAGAAGUACAGUGCCAGAUUAUGAUGAAUAGCUUUUCAGCUGAAUUUGAUGUGAAGGACAUUUGUGACAUCAGCAUGAAGUUGGAGGAACUGUCAGGUUCAACACCGAUGGCAAUCCUUGCAAGAGGAUGGACUUCUUAUUACAGCAGCGAUUUUAAAGAAGCAAGGGCUCUUCUACUGGAGGGUGUAGGUAUGGGCAGUCAGAGUAUCCCAGCAGGGGCAUGGUUACUGUUAGCUAGGUCCCAGCUAAAACUGCAUGAUAACAUGGGUGUGGUGGAAACAAGUGAGAGAGCCAAGAAAAUUCUUAAAAAAGAAGCAACAAAUAAACAUGCUGCAUUGAUUAGAGAAAUUUUACUCUGCCAGGCAGCAGCAUUACUGGAACUAGGCAAGGAUACUCAUUUAGUGCAGGCCAAGGAGUUGGUACAAGAGGUCAUAUCCAAAGAUUCUACCUGUACCACAGCUAAAGAGCUCCUUUGUUAUAUUGUACUGGCAGAGGGAGAUUUGGAUCAAGCACAAAAGCUGUGUAUGGGGUUUUCUGAUUCCUCCAGUGCCUCCAUGUUGGCUCUAGAAGGAUGGUGUCUGUUUGUUGCUGGUCAGCUGGAGGAAGCCAAUACUAAAUUGACUAAAGCAGUGGAACUUUCAGCUGGGGAGGAUGGCAAAAUUCUGUACCAGCUGGCUAGAGUCCAGUGGAAGCAGGGGACCUGCCACAAGGAGGCACUGACUAACUUCCUCAAGGCAGCAAAAGUAGACCCUUACUACAGUCAGCCAUUUUUAUACCUAGGGCAUCACUAUGCACAGGCGGGAGAUCAAGUAAAAGCCAGACGUUGCUAUCAGAAAUCAUUUGACCUUGACAGCAACAAUGACGAAGCUGGGGCUGCUUUUGUUGACAUUUUGAAUUCUCUUGGAGAAGAGGAUGGUGCUCUGGCUGUAUUAUCAAGAGUGACAGCAGCAGCCAGUGCUGGCAGUGUAAAGUGGGCCUGGAUGAGAUUAGGCUUGCACCAACUGAAACACAUGGAACCCACAGCUGCCAUAGCCUCAUUUCAGUGUGCACUCAGAGCAGAUUCUAAUGAUAGACAUUGUUGGGAGUGUCUUGCAGAGGCUUAUGCCACCAGAGGGAGCUAUACAGCAGCGCUAAAGGCAUUCACAAAGGUUGCUGAGAUGUCAGAGGACAACAUGUACGGUCUAUACCAGAUUGCCUCUAUCAAGCAGACCCUGGGACUAUAUGCAGAGGCUGUUCUGGAGUACAGGGCUAUCCUGACCAAGUCACCAGACUAUGUGCCUGCAUUGAAAGGUCUAGGUGAAGCUUAUGUCCAUCUUGCAAGGGACUCACUGAAGCAGGUUUUCUCUGGCCGGGCAGUUGACCAGUGUCAGGAGGCCAUUCACCACUUGACCAGAGCUGCCUCAUUCAGACCAGACCUGUCAUGUGUGUGGAAACUGAUGGGAGAUGCCUGUACUCUGAUCCAUGUGGUGGCAGCAGAGCGGGUCAGCAUGAGAGUCCCAGGCAUGUUGUUGGAGAAAGGAAAGAGUGCAGAAUCAGAGCAUUUGAGUAAAGCACAAGUUCUUACCCUAGGUGCCAGGUGUUAUGGACGGGCACUGAAACUGCUGCCAGAAUGCUCCACCUUGUGGCAGGACUUGGGACUAAAUUACUACAGACAGAAUCAGGCCACAGUUGACCUCCAGGUCAAAAAGGCAACAAUGGACAAAGCAGUCCAGGCACUGAAGAGAGCUGUCAGUUUAGACCCUAGAAACCACAAACACUGGACAUCACUUGGUGUGGUGGCAGCAGAUAUGGUGGUAGGUGAUUCUGCUCUGGCUCAGCACUGCUUUAUCCAGUCUCUGAAGGCAGAACAGAAUAAUGUUGUUGCUUGGACAAACCUUGGAACAUUGUAUUUCAACAAUGGUCAAGUAGAGCUUGCCCAUGAAGCCUUCAAGUCUGCCCAGUCUCUAGACCCUGGUUAUGUGGCAUGCUGGAUUGGACAGGCAAUGAUAGCAGAGACAGUGGGGCAUGAAGAUGCCAUGGAUCUCUACAGACACACAACUGAACUGGGACACCAUCUUGAGGGAAGUAUUGGGUAUGCUAAUUGGGUGUGUCGCACACUGGAGGAUAAGAGUAACAGAGAUUCUGAGGUGUUCAAGUUUUCAAUUGUGCAAAUGGAUGCCAUUCCAGCAGCAUGUGAUGCUUUGGCAAAAUACACAGAUCUGGUGUGUACCAAUCCAGCAGCUUAUAUGAUGUAUGGAUUGCUGUUGGAGAGACAGGGGCUAUAUAAGCUGGCAGCUCAGGCAAUGGGGAAUGCUGUAAAACUGAUAGACUUUGUACAGGAUCAAGAUAAAAGAAAUGUCAUUCACAGCAACUAUGCUAGGGUUUUAUGUCAUGUGGAUCAAGCUACAGAAGCCGUUGCCCAGUAUCAGCUAAUACAACCAUUGAAUAGAUAUGAAGAUGUGUGUGGCCUGGCUUUGGCACUCUACAGAAGUGGACAACUGACAGAGAGCUACCAAGCCUAUGACCAGGCAUUGCACUUGGCCCCCAAUGCUGAAGAGAAGUCGCAUGUGUUUGCUGCCAUGGGGAUGGUGGCAUAUAAGGUCAAGGACUUAGAUACUGCCAAGACAGUUCUAUUCCAAGGGUCCCAGUGCAGCCCUCCCUCAAAGCUUGGCCUGAAGGCUCUGUGUAGCCUAGGUCUUAUCGAGGGAGAUGUCACUCUCAGUGCUGCUGUGUUACAGGAGAUACCACAGCUGGAGGAGGAUGCUGAUAUGUUGACUGAUAUCACCUGGCUGACAGCAGCUCUAGCUCUGCUACAGGGCAAAGCCAAGGCUGGGAGAAACCUUAUCCUGAAGGCUGUCCAUAAAAACCCAACAUCAAAGGAGUUGUGGAAGCUGGCAAGCAAAUACCUUCUGCAGUUUUUGCCAUCUGCCUGUGGUGGCGCCACUGCUUGUGCCUCUGAGGUCCAUGAUGAGCUGACAGGGAAAAAUAAGCUGCCAAUGUACAGAGCCCUUGGCUGCUUGGCAAAAGGAUUGCAUUCAAGAGUUGACUGUCACAAGAAUGCUUUGAAAGUAGCACAGAAAGCAUUGCAUCUCCAACCAGAUAAACUAGAGCAUCACAUAGUCCUGCUGUCUGCUAUGUAUGCUGAGAAGAUGAUCAGGCAAGACCCAGAGUCUCUGUCCUUUCAUUCAGCUUACUGGGAGUUUGUACUGUGUUGGGUGGAAAAGGCGUUAGAGGAAGACAAUACCAGUGAAGAGAUGGAGAUGUCAGUCCUUCACAGAUGGUGUUUAAAACAAAAUGUUCUUAAUCUUUUGUUAUUUGGACGAAAAGAAGACACAAUUGAUAUACUAAAAAAGGCCCUGGAAAUGUAUGGAACCGAUGAUUUGCUUGGCUCCCUGGCAUUGUAUGCUGACAACAACAUGGCAGCACUACAACAGUCUUUGCUUCAGGCCCCAAAUAACUGGCUAGGCUGGCAGCUACUGACCACCAGCUACCUAACACAAGGUUUGAUAGAGAAUGUGGAGGUAAUCUACAAACAGUUUCUGGAAGUGUCAGAUUCCAGCCACAAACUUCACUGUGCCAUCCAGUUGGCCCACUUGUCGUUUACACAGUUACUUAAAGAGGGCGCUAGUGACAAGUGGGGGUCACUGUGCCAAGACGCCCUUGGUGAAGCCUUCAAGUUGGACCCACAAUGCAUUCCUGCAAAUCUUAUGCAAGGGAUUUUAUUGAUGAAGGGAAAGAAUCCCAGACAAGCCAAGAGAUACUUUCAUUCUGUGCUGCAGGCUUCAAGUGUAACCAACCUGGCUUCCAGGAUAGCCAGGCGUCUGCUACUGCCAAUAUACAAAGCCAAGAAUGAUACAGAACAUUUAGAGGAACUCAAGGUCCAGGCAAAUCUUGAAAAAGAUAUGGAAUUUCUAAAGAUAUGUAACAAGUGAUGCAAAAUGACAUAACUCAGUUUAAUAUGG